GGUUGGAUUUGUUUUUGGGAUUUUGUUGAUUUUGAUCUGUCGUGUGAUGUUUCGAGAUGUGUUCUUACUGUUCGCUUCCAUCGAGUUGUUUGUGGGGACAAAAUCUUGCUGGCUCGAUAUCUGCCGAUCUUCAUUUCUCAAAUUUUUCCGUCUAUCGCUGUCUGAAAGCGACUGGUUUUUGUCCAUUGGAGCAAUUAAAUCCUACCACGGCAGAUCAUUUAUUUAUUUAUUUGAUAUGUUCUGAUGGAGGGCUGAGUAAUCUUCGUGAUUAGCAUUAAGGGAUGAAAAAUGAGAAGGUUGCUAAUCACUAGUUUACUGAUAAUUCCAUGGUUGUUUAGGUACCAGAUGCUGUUACUAUAUCCAUAUCCCUGUUCCAACUUCGAUCCUAGGUUGCCUUUUUGUAUCAUGUGGUGCUGGAAGUAAACGUGAUUCUUUGUUCUUAUGGAGUUUGGAUUUCGUCUGGUCUGAUGUUAUAGCUUGUUUAGUGAAUUAGUGUGUGAAAAGGGUUCAUAAACCGUAGAAAUCUCUCGUAACCCCGUUGUCCCUCAGAUCUUGAUGAACAUAUUCCUUCGUGAUUUGAAGUUCUUUUGAUGCUUUCCCACAAACCUUACAAACCCGAAACAAAAGUUCUGUAGUUUAUCUUUGUAUGGCAAAGGAGCUAAGUUGCAUAGAAUCGGUUAGUCUAGGUAAUUCCCGAGUGGCUGCUGUUUAGUUGAGAAACCGGGUAGGGUUCGGUUCUGUAGACAUUGUAUGGUCUUGUUUGGAGCAUCGAGUGAAGAGCGGAACAGCCUAGCGCUUGCAUCUUCUCAUAGCGCUCCGUAUAUAAAAUAUCGUGUCAUUCUGCACCAAAGGAACAGAUUCAUCUUCCAUUCUGCUUUCCAGUGGUGAAAAAUGGCGACUGUGACAGUUUCCUCCCUGUCCAUGCCCAAGGCUGUUCUCAGAAAUCAGGCCGCGAACCCCAUUGCCAGCAGGAGGAGCUACACACUCUCUCUCGGAUCCACCAAGAAAAUUUCCCGAUCCUUUGGCCUGAAAUGCUCGGUAAACUCCGGCCCGACCAUGUCAGCCGCCUUCAAGGUCAAGCUGAUUGGACCCGAGGGGCAGGAGACCGAGUUCGAAGUCCUCGAGGAUCAGUACAUCCUGGACGCGGCCGAGGAGGCAGGGGUCGAGCUGCCCUACUCUUGCCGGGCCGGCGCUUGUUCCACCUGUGCCGGGAAGAUCGAGUCUGGCGCUGUCGACCAGUCCGACGGCUCGUUUCUCGACGACGAUCUCAUCGGAAAAGGUUACGUCCUUACCUGCGUUUCGUAUCCUCAGUCCGACUGUGUGAUCCAUACCCACAAGGAAUCUGAACUCUUCUAGGUUUCGCCUCAUUCGGGUUGUAGCCACUUCAGAUCAUUAAUCUUGAUCGGUUUCUUUAAAAAAAAAAACUUGUUUGGUGUUAAGAGUUAUGUUCUUGUUCCGGUGCGGUCCGGGACCGGUUAAUAAAACGGCUCGUGAAUGGAAUUUUUUUUUUUUUA